AUGGUUUGCACGACGGACUAUUUGGUUUUUUGCGAUGGAAGUUUGCGCGACGAAAUUAUGUAUUCGUCGCGCAAAGUCCUUCUUCUUCAUAUUAGAAUUCUGCCUCUCUCUCAACCUCUCUGCCGCUGCUGGGACUUCAAUACAUUGAUUGGCGAUUGGUGGAGAACGAUUGAGAAGGAAUUAUGGACAGAAGGUGGAUACAGAACCCGAACAGAUGCAGACGAAUACUUGGAUGGAAUCGAGGAUUUUAUUGAGUUUGCACGUAGACACAACCCGGAUGCAACUAGAAUCCGUUGUCCUUGUAGGAGGUGCAACAACACGUUAUGGGAGACAAUUGAAAAUGUUGGAUUUCAUUUAGUAAGGAAUGGAAUGAUUGAGACAUAUAGCAUUUGGAACCUUCACGGGGAACAAUUAGAGCAUGCUUCGUCUUCAAAUGCCACAAGAGUGGACAAUGUUCAACCUAUUGUGGAUGCUAAUGAUCAAGUCAUGGAUAUUAUACAGGAUGUUUUUCCAUUUGCAUCAACCAACAUGAAUCAAGAAGAGCAAGAUGAUGUGCCUACACCAAUAGACAGUGCGGAGUUUGAACAAUAUGAAAAAUUGUUAAAAAAUGCCAACCAAGAGUUAUACCCGGGGUGCGAGAGCUUUUCCGUUCUCACGGCCAUUGUGGAGCUAAUGCACGGAAAAAUAAAGUAUCGUAUGUCGAACCUGUGUUUCGAUUACUUUUUGGGGGUUUUCAAGAGAAUGUUUCCGACGGACAAUUGUUUGCCGAAAGACCAUAAACAGGCGCAGAAGGUGUUGAAUGGUCUUGGAUUGGGUUAUGAAAAAAUUCAUGCUUGCAAAAACAAUUGCAUGUUAUUCUACAAAGAGCAUGAAUCGUUGGAUACAUGUCCUAUAUGCAAUGAGUCGAGGUUCAAGAUGACAUCUCAGAAUAGGACGACUAAGAUCCCACAAAAAGUAGACGAUGAUGUGAUGCGGCAUCCUGCAGAUGGGGAGGCAUGGAAAGAGUUCGAUCGAACGUUCCCCGAGUUUGCUGCUAAUCCCCGAAAUAUUAGAUUGGGACUUGCCACUGAAGGAUUCAAUCCGUAUGGGGUUCUAAACCAACACCACAGCACUUGGCCGAUUUUCGUAUUCCCAUAUAAUUUGCCACCUUGGAAAUGCAUGAAAAAAGAAUACAUGAUGAUGACUGUUUUGAUAACUGAGGAUCCUGGGAGGUCAAUCGAUGUUUACUUAAGGCCGCUAGUUGAUGAGCUGAAGGAUUUAUGGACAAACGGUGUUCGCACGUACGAUAAAUCAACUGGGAAGAUGUUCACUUUGCGGGCAGCAGUUAUGUGGACUGUGAAUGAUUUCCCAGCAUAUGCAAUGGUUUCUGGAUGGUUGCCAUGGGACCAUGAGUGGAGGGAAAAAGAUAAAGAGUUUGACGGGAACACAGAGCAUCGCCUUAGACCUAGAGAAUGGUCCGGUGAUGAGAUAUUGGACCAACUUAACCAUUUUGCUCCCUUCGGGAAAACAGUUAGUCGUAUCAGACCUUCUACACAUAUGAACUGGACGCACAAGCCUAUGUUUUUUGAGCUCCCAUAUUGGUCGAAACUCAAAUUGAGGCGCAAUCUAGAUGUGAUGCAUGUUGAGAAAAAUGUAUUUGACACAUUGGUGGGCACGAUUCUAGAUAUCGAGGGGAAGACAAAGGACACGAUCAAAGCUCGUCUUGAUUUGGAAAGAAUGGGCAUACGAAGGGGUUUAUGGAUGAAUAGGGACAAUGAUAAAGCUAGAAGGGAUCUUGCAUUCUUUUCUAUGAAACCGAAUGACAAGAAAGAGUUUCUAAAGUUUGUAUCGUCUGUAAAGUUUCCCGAUUGCUUUCUUCACAAGUAUGAUGCACGUGAUGGUUCACUUGCCAGAAUAGGCAUUGCUUGCUGGUCCUGUCAACUAUCGCUGGAUAUAUCCAAUAGAAAGGCUUCUCGGAGAGCUGAAAAAAAGUGUACGCAACAGGGCGAAGCCCGAAGGAUCAAUUGUAGAGGCUUAGCACGACCCUUUGGAGAUCCUGGACGAGGAGAGUCAUUUUCUAGAAAUGACGUGGAGGUAGCUCAUUGGUUCGUACAGAACAAUUGUGAUGAGAUCAUGGGAUACUUAUAUGACCAUGAAAAGAUGAUGAAGCGAGAACAUCCAUCACAUUUGGUUGCCCAGAAACACCGUGAAUUGUUUCCACAAUGGUUUUUGGAUUCUGUGAAUAAGUUGAAAUCAUCGAAUUCCCCAACUUACAGUGAUGAGUUCUAUAACUUGGUGUUCGGCCCGAUUCGCACUGAAUUGUUCUCGGGUUGUAAUGUCAACGGCGUCAAAUUUUUGGGGUUGCACGAGAUGACAAGUUGUGUACGCAAAACAGCGGUGUCCAUGUCCCAGGUGGAGGCGAAAGUACGGACAUUGAUUUCUAUGGCAAACUCACAACUGUCGUGCAAUUGCUUUACAAAGAUCAAUACCAAGUGA